CAGCUCAGGGGAUUCUGUGAUUCGAUGAAAAUCCCUAAACUGCAUCAGAAUCGCCCAGAAAUUUACGCAGCCGCAGUAAAGGCAUGAAAAUCUGCUCCUGCUCUCGUCAUUUCUGAAGCGAGAGGGCACAAAGUUAACGCUCCCCAGGCGGAUUUUUGUGGGGUCUUCCCAUGACAAAGCGCAGGAUGAGUGGCCAGAGCCCGGUUACGGUGAUGAUCCAGGCAUUGCUCGGAAAUCAGGUGCCGGGAUGGCCGGGGGGUUUGCAUUUAUCAUCUGUCACCGCAGCACGCCUGGCCCCGGCUCCCAGAGAACAGGAGAAAGCAGCUCCGGAGGUGGGACAUCAGCGGAGUGCAAGACUUUCUCCUCGGGCCGUGCGGUGGAGCCGGGGCGUCGCAACAGCAGGACUGGGAGCAGCCCCAUGGUCCCGUCCCGCGGCGGGCGUUCCAAGCAAGCCUUUGGUGCGGGUUUCCUGUCCCUUUGGGAACAGCACGUCCUGCUGCCAGGUCACGGUCAUUUCAGGAAAUGCAGACAGGAUUUUUCAUCGAUAGAUGACAUCACCAAGUUUUCCAUGCCGGUGUUCGCAGACCGGCUGUGCUGGGAAAAGGGCUGUUGCAGCGCAGUGGGUGAAGCGGUGCCCAUCCCAGGGGAGCUGUGCCCGUGCCAUUCCCGGUGCCGACACACGCAGGGAUGCACUGUCUCCGGCUCCCUGACAGGGAGCAUCCCGCCCUGACGGUGCCUGAGCAGCACCUGGCCCCUCGCCAAGGGCUCGGUGUCCCGGAGCCCCCCGUGGCCCUGCCGCGCCCUUCACUUCGACCCGCUCCUCUCCGGCCCCGUCUUCGCAGCCAGGCUCCCGGGAGAGUCACCUUGGCCGCUGUGUCACGGCUCUGACGGGCGAGGAUUUCCCCGGCACCGGGUGAAUUCCCCGCAGUGAGAACCCGCCCAUCUCCGCCCCGCCGGCGCAGCAGGCUGUAAAACCCCGGAGCCCCCGCGUCGGAGCCAGGCUAGGGGGGCAGGCAGGCUGGGGAUCCCGGGUGACAAAUCUCGCCGCUGUGACCUUUUGCCGAACAAGUUCCGCUGCGAAAAGCACCUCGCCGUGACCUCAGUGCGGGCUGCGCCGCGCGUUUCCCCCACACGGCAUUUUUCCUGCCAUCGCCGUCCGGCCGUCUCCGUUCUGCCACCGCCCAUCCUUCCCGACCGCUGGCCUCCACCUGUCCCCCGAGCCGGCGCCACGGGACGCGAGGUGGCCAUGACACUCUGUGCGCAGUCUCUGGAGAUACAGCCAGAACUUUUCGUUCACAUGGCAGCAGCAAACUCUUCUCCACCUGGUUCUCUGGAUCUAAACCAGCCUGGGUUUGCAAAGGAGAUCCUGGGAACUAAACUGGAGGUCAAAUACCUGUGCUCCGAUUGCAAGAACAUCCUCAGGCGGCCGUUCCAGGCGCAGUGCGGCCAUCGCUACUGCUCCUACUGCCUGAAGAGAAUCAUCAGUGCUGGACCUCAAAAGUGUGCCAGCUGUAUCCAGGAAGGAAUAUAUGAAGAAGGAAUUUCUAUUUUGGAAACAAGCUCGGCUUUCCCAGACAAUGCAGCGCGGCGGGAAGUGGAGAGUCUGCCUGCUGUCUGCAUCAACAGCGGCUGCACCUGGAAGGGAACCAUCAAAGAGUACGAGGCUCAUGAUGAAGUCUGCCCUGAAUUCCCGCUGACUUGUGAAGGCUGUGGGAAGAAGAUUCCCAGGGAGAAGUUUCGGGACCAUGUGAAGACGUGUGGCAGAUCCAAAGUACCGUGCCGGUUCGAGGCUGUGGGCUGUGCUGAGGUGGUGGAAAAUGAAAAGCUCCCAGAACAUGAAAGGAAGUGUUUGGCAGAACAUCUCUACAUGCUUCUGAGCUCUGUGCUCAGCCUCAAGACUGGUGCUGGGGACCUGAAGCCCCUUCCUGUCCCUUCCUCAUCACAAAACAGUUCCCCACUUCUGGCAUCAAACUCACUGUGCUCAGAGUCGGAGCUCUCCCGAUCCCUAGAGCUCUUGGGAAGGUGUGAGGCCCUUGAGAGGAAAACAGUUACCUUUGAGAACAUUGUCUGUGUGCUUAACCGGGAGGUGGAGAGAGUGUCCCUGACAGCUGAGGCCUACAGUCGCCAGCACCGGCUGGACCAGGAGAAAAUCGAAACACUGAGCAACAAGGUCCGGCAGCUGGAGAGGAGCAUUGGGCUUAAAGACCUGGCCAUGGCUGAGAUGGAGGAGAAGAUCCGCAACAUGGAGGCUUCCACCUAUGAUGGAGUUUUCAUCUGGAAGAUAACGGAGUUUGCCCGGAAGCGUCAGGAGGCGAUAACAGGCCGCUCUCCUGCCAUCUUCUCUCCAGCUUUCUACACCAGCAAGUACGGCUACAAGAUGUGUCUGCGCGUGUACCUGAAUGGGGACGGCACCGGCCGUGGGACCCACCUGUCCUUGUUUUUUGUGGUGAUGAAGGGACCUAACGAUGCGCUGCUGCGGUGGCCCUUUAACCAGAAGGUCACCCUGAUGCUUCUGGACCAGAAUAACCGGGAGCACAUCAUUGAUGCCUUCCGCCCUGACGUGACGUCCUCAUCCUUCCAGCGCCCUGUCACAGAGAUGAACAUCGCCAGUGGCUGCCCCCUCUUCUGCCCCGUGUCCGUCAUGGAAGCCAAGAACUCCUACGUGCGUGAUGAUGCCAUCUUUAUUAAAGCCAUCGUUGAUCUCACGGGCCUCUAACCCUCCUGACCUUGGAGCAGUGAGCAUGGAGCCAGCACUGCCCAGGGCAUCUCCCGCUUGUGCUGCACUUCAGGCGGGUCUGAGAGCAAGAGGGGGCACAGAGAGGGGAAAAGCCCUUCCUGAAAAGGGACCUUUGCUCUGAGUGGAAAUGAGGUGUCUGAUGGGAGCUCUCUUUCCUGAGGAGAGGGUUGGGUGGACACUGGCAGGUUGUGGAAUAUGGAAGAUUCCCUGCAGGGACUUGGAUGUCUGAACUGCUGCUGUCUGGACUCCAGUGGAAACCAGUGCAGCUCUUGCUCUACCAGUUUAGCCGACAUCCACAGCUGUCUAGUAAAACAGCGGUUUGCCCUGCCUGAGCUCCACCUCCUGUGGAUUUUGGCUCAGCUGUCUAGGAUUUCCCUCUGAGAUGUCCAUGUUCCUGAAGUUGUGGGGUGCCAUGGCUCUGCACUGCUGGUUGCUCCACACCCCAGGAGACAAGGAGGGUGUGUGACAGCUUCAGUGCCAGCUGGGCAAGAGAGACACAGACUGGUUUGAUGCCGUUGGUGUGUUAGGAGGGUGCUGAGCCCAGCUGCAGGGCAGGGGAGCCCUGAGUCCAGCCCUUGCUGGGUGUGUGAUGGGUGGUGUGUGCUGGAGUGUGGAAUGGCGCAGGAGGUGCUGCUGCCCAGGAGGGACCAUGGGGCAGCACCAGGGAUGCCUGUGGGGAAGAAGUGAAUCUGCUGUGGAGAUUGUCCCUCCUGUGCCAGGAGAGGAGGAUGACACAGAGCUCGGUGUGCACCCUGAGAGCUCCAAGCCCUGCCCCUCUCUGCCCUGUGUGCCGAGCAGCACUGGGUGGGAUGGGUGCUGUGCUGGGAGCUGUCUUUGCUCAUAGGCAAAGACAAAGAGAACUGGCUUCGUUUCCAGGGUGGGACAGCUCCACCAGCCUUCCUAGGGCUCCUGCUGCUGUUGAGCUCCACGUCCAUCUGCGGCUGCACUGCUGUGUCUGUCUGGGCACUGCAACCUUGGGCUGUGGGAUGUGUACUGUCUGCCCAUGCAGUGGGCACUGCUGGCCAGCCCCUGCACUCUCACAGCGCCUGCAGUCACCAGCAGCAGGUCUCCCUCGCUGUUCCUCCCCAUCCCUGAGCUCAGGAGUCAUGGGGCACCUGGUUCCAGGUGGCAGCACCUGGGAGCUCUUCCUCCACUUGGCCAGAUGUUGAACCUGCAGCCACCUGGGUAGCAUCUGGGGGCUGGAGAAGUGAAGUAUGCUGUCCCCUUUCUGUCCCUGGGUUCCUUCCCUGUGGACAGCACAGGUUCAGCAACCAUGAGAAGGUCUCAGUGUUAGUGGGGAAGAGCUGGCUGCCACAUCCCUGCAUAGUGCCCUUUACAGCUUUGUGGCCAUGAGUAGCUCUGGAUGGGCCCUGAUCCAGGGUGAACUCGAAGCUUUGUUGCUUCCUUUGCCUGGGCUUCUCACACCCCUGUCAGUAGCUGAAUGUGCCCCAGGAGAUGUGUUGGUGACAGGAACCAGGUCUGAACACCCUGCAUUGAUCAGGGGCCCUGGCUGGCUCUUGUGCUGCUCCUCAGGCAGUGAGGCUGGAACAUGGUCACCCUCCUCAGAGGCUGCCAGGGAUUGGCCCUCCACUGCCAGCAGCUCCUGCCAGGUGCCCAGCCUGGGUCUGAUGGCUGCAGAGCCUGCCAGGGUUGUGGUCUGCUCACACCUUGGCUCUGGCACAGCCACCCUGAGGGGUCCAGAACACCAUCAGGCUCUGCCCUGGCAGGGAGCCCUGCAAGGUCUGGCUAUCCCACCAUGUGCUGGCACAGCCCUGACCUACCCCUGGGGCUGUUUGGAAUGUCCCUGCUGCUGCCCAGGAACUCAGGGGCCUCUAACCUUCCUGACCUUGGAGCAGUGAGCAUGGAACCAGGAACUCAGGGGUGCCCAGUGCCCUGCCGGCUGAGCUGCACCUUGGCCCAAGCUGAACCUCUUGCGCCCACGGCUGCUGUGCUGGCCAGGGGCUCUCCAGACAGGUGCUGGGGUGACCUGUGAGCCCCCUUUGGAAUCGGUGCAUGGAACUUCUCACAUGUGUGUGUGCAGGGUCUGGGGACAGAGCCAGCCCCUGCUGUUGGGGGAGGGGGACAGAAGCUGGUGACAGCACAGCCUGAGGUGGGAGAGGGGUCACAGGACCCCUCCCUUUGUGCAAGUCCCCUCCAGCCUGUCCCAAGGGACAGAUCAAGCCCUGUGUUGCUGCUCUCACCCUGUGCCUUAUGAGGAAAAUCCAGGCUAGCAGAGCCCUGCUCCUAUCUACAGCAGCUCCCCAGGGAUGCUUGGAAAAGCCUGGGAAGGGACAGGAGGAUCAGCUCUGCUCAUAGAAUUGCUGGAAGUUUAAUUUUAUGAGGGUGGAGCUUGUUCUAUGUUGAUCAGAAUGUCUGCUCGUGGGGUGCUGCCUGCAGCGGGGCUGGGGGCUCUGGCCAGGUAGUGCCAGGAGGGACUGUGGAGACA